AUGAAAGAAGUUCCUAUUCCUCUUCGUAAAGCCCCUGUGAGUAUAAGAAGGUGUGAUCCAAUCGCACACAGGCCUGUUGUGUCAACCACUGUGAAGAAAAUGUAUUCAGGGCUUUCGGCUGUGGAUUACAAAGAAGAACCCUGGAAGGGAAAGAUUGUGAAUAGUACUGAUUAUCCUACGCUUUGCAAGAUUGAAAGGUGCAAUCUUCAACCCAAGAUUGGGCUCACGAGGCAAUUGAAGUAUGGUAGAAAUGUGAAUAUUCAGAUGAUGUCUGUUCAAACAUUGGGAUUUGCUGUUACAGAAAAUAUAAGCCAAGAGAAGAUGCGGCGAAAGAUAUUUGUUUUUGAUGACUUCGGAUUUCAACAGGCAUCUGCUAACUAUUGGGGCGUCAGGGAAAAACUUGUUUUGGAGCAGGCACCACCACAAAUAAAACAGUUUUCGAAACCCAAAACCCCUGACUCCCAUGGCUCCUUCCUUUCUAAUAUUGGCCCACCAGAGAUUUACCACCCUGCUCCACCCACCAACACUGCAAGAGCUGCCAUUGCCUCCAAACAAAAACCAAAAACAAAAGCCCCUGUAUGGUACCCUCAGAUGGAGAUUCCUACCUUAACCCCUUGCCAAUUUGUCUUCUUCAAAAUCACUCCCAAUAUAAUCCCUGAAACCCUAACUCCCUGGUUAGACCGUGCCUGGAAAGAAGACCCAACUACCACUCUCAAGCUCAUUUGCUGUAUUGGGUUAGCCACCAUCAAGGGUAAACCUAAUAAAGAUGCGUUCUUUAACUCAGUUCUUCGGCUUCAUAAGUACCACCAUUAUGUUCUUGCAUCAAAUCUUGCAGCCUUUGCAAGUUUUGGUCUGAUAAGAAUUCUUGAACCCGGCGUUGCAAAGACAGUUUUCCCUUUCUAUUCAGAUCCUGAGUACAUUGAUAUUCAGAAUGCUCACUAUUUUAUGGGGUUCGAAAAUCGUCUAAUGAAAGAAGUUCUUAAAGAAGUUCUUGUUCCAUUGGCCAAAGCCCAUGAGAAAUCCAAAGACAUUAAUCAAGCUCCUGUCAGAAGGCAGGACUCUAGUUUUGUUGCCAUGAAAGCAUAUAAGAAGGUAGCUGUGGCACCUGAUGAGAAGAAGAAAUUCAAGCAAUGCUUGAAGAUUGUGGAUAAGUAUGGAAAAUGGACAGAUGAUGAUGAAAUGAAUACUGCUCCCUCACCAAGUAUUCAUUCUUAUGAACAAGAAGUAUGA